AUGGAGGCCACCCUGUCCGUCAGUAACCCCGAGCCUCUCGAGACGCUCGAAAUCCCCAUCGACAACGACGCCGAACUCAUGAAGCAGCGAGCGGGCAAAGCCUCAUCAGACAUUUCAACGCAGAGCCACAACGUGAAAACAGAGGACGCCAACGAGGAGAUGAAUAAACUACCGCUCAGCUCGUCGUCCACUACUCGCAGACUCGCCUACGCAGUGGCGGUGGGUAUGAUCGUGAUCACAUUCUACAGCUUCCCCAUGCACCACCAUUUCCACGGUCGCGGCGGUAAAAACGCGCGUUACGUGUGGUGGUGUGGCUGGCUUACUGCUAUCGCUACAGGCCUCGGUGCACUACCGUUCUACUGGAUCCGAGACCUAGAUAAGUUCUGGUUGGGUAUCUGCAAUGGUCUGGCUGCAGGCAUGAUGAUCGCAGCUACCGGUUGCUUGUUCUACGAAGGCUGGUACCUUCCACAAGCCACAGACUACGCCGUUUCCGUGAGCUACCGUCUCUUUUUAGGAGCUUUCCUCGGUGUUUUAUUCAUCAAGUUCACGAAGGUGUUUCUCGAAGACUACGAGGACGUAUCGGUGUGUGGGCUCAAAGGUCUGGAUGCACGGAAGGCGCUGUUGAUAAUGGCAGUUAUGACGCUGCACUCCGUGUCUGAAGGCAUCGGUGUUGGUGUGUCAUUUGGUGGUGAAGGUGGCAUCCGUCGUGGGCAUAUUGUCACUAUGACGAUGGCUAUCCACAAUAUACCUGAAGGUGUGGCGAUCAGUCUGUCGCUUGUGCCACGUGGUUUGAGUGUUUUCUACGCUGUGUUAUGGUGCAUCAUUUCAAGUGCACCGCAGCCGAUCUUUGCAGUACCGGCCUUCCUGUUCGUGGAGCAAUGGCUCCCUAUCCUCCCAUGCGGUCUGGGUUUUGCUGGUGGUGCAAUGGCUUAUGUGGCAGUGCAAGAGUUGCUCCCCGAGUCGCUUGAAGACACUAAAUCUGUGCCUACGACGGUGUCGGCUACAGCGUUUGCAUUCAUUGUGUUCCUCACGAUCCAGAUCGCGCUCAGUGGCUCCAUUUAA